AUGGCCGCCAUACGCCUGCCUCUUCUAUUGCGCUCCCUUCCUUCAAGGGCCCCUACGAGAUUAGCAAAACCCCUCAUUCCCGCAGUACGGACCCUAGCAACAACUAAACAUCCCAAGGGGUUCACACCUCCGACUGAAGAUGAAUUGUUGGAAUUACGGGAAAGCGUUCAAGAGUUUACUAGACGUGAGAUACCCGAGGAAGUCGCCGCGCGAACAGAUGCCCAGAAUGAAUUCCCUGCCGACAUGUGGAAGAAACUGGGUGAUGCCGGGUUCCUUGGCGUCACAGCGGACGAAGAGUAUGGAGGUCUUGGAAUGGGCUAUCAAGCCCACUGCGUUGUAAUGGAGGAGAUCAGUCGCGCUUCAGGCAAGCCAUACUGGAGCAUCGCCUUAUCGUACGCAGCACACUCACAACUCUGCGUGAACCAACUCUCCUUGAACGGCUCCCCUGAGCAAAAGGAACGCUUCCUUCCCGGUCUUCUAUCUGGUGAGAAGAUCGGUGCAUUGGCUAUGUCAGAACAUUCAGCCGGGUCUGAUGUUGUCAGCAUGAAGACAACCGCCAAAGAAGUUGAGGGUGGCUACAUACUGAAUGGGACCAAGAUGUGGAUCACGAAUGGCCCCGACGCAGAUUACAUUGUCGUCUACGCUAAAACCGAACCCGAGAAAGCAUCCAAGGGCAUCACCGCGUUCGUUGUAGAGAAGACAUUCAAGGGCUUCUCCUGCGCCCGCAAACUAGACAAGCUAGGAAUGCGAGGUUCAAAUACCGGAGAGCUGAUCUUUGAGGACGUCUUUGUCCCAAGGGAGAAUGUACUAGGAGAAGUCAACCGCGGCGUCAAGGUCCUGAUGGAGGGUCUCGAUCUCGAGCGACUUGUUCUCAGUGCUGGUCCACUUGGCAUCAUGCAAGCCGCCCUCGACCUCGUCUUGCCAUAUACCCACGUCCGCAAACAGUUCGGCAUUCCCAUUGCGCAUAACCAGCUCAUCCAGGGUAAGCUAGCAGAUAUGCAUACCAAGCUUGCUGCCUCUCGCGCCUAUACCUACGCGACGGCCCGCCACAUCGACAGCUAUUCCUCUCUUGGCUCAGCAGCGAUCCGGACCCAGGACUGCGCAGGCGCAAUCCUCUACGCAGCUGAGAGGGCCACAGAAUGUACGCUCGACGCCAUCCAGCUCAUGGGGGGAAAUGGGUACAUCAAUGAGAUUCCUGCAGGGAGGUUACUCCGCGAUGCGAAAUUGUAUGAGAUCGGAGCUGGGACAAGUGAGAUUAGACGCAUGGUGAUUGGGCGUGCUUUCAACAAGGAGUAUGCUCAAUGA